AACAAUUUAUUGUUUAUAUAUUUUUUAUAUCAUGAUUUCUUUAUUUUGUGUUUAUAGAGGAGACAGAGUCACAAUCAUCACAUGGUAGUGUACAGAACAAAGAUUCAGGAUUUAAUGCAAUAUCUGAUAUUAAAAGUAGUCAGAUCACUGACAGAUUGAGUGGGUACAGUUCUGGAAUAGCCAAAGAUAUGUCAGAAUUUAGCCAUGGACGACCAAUUGGCAAAGGCCACCAACAUGCCCCACUGUCUCCCGUUAAAUCCGAGCCUGGAAGUCCACCCCCUCAUCUACAACUUUACAGUCCAAAAGAUUGGCGUAAAUUUUUCGACAUGAUACCGAAUGCACAGGAGAGACGACAGAUGGAACAGAUCCGACGAGAAAUGGAGCAAGGUAAACUUCGGCACUCAACUUUACCACCGAUAUCGUACUUCGCGGAAGAUUUGCCGAUGUUACCAGGUGAGGCUGGUACCAGGUUACUGAAAACUGUUAGAGUAGGGGAAAAAAUGCAAGUACCUGGGGAUGGUCGUCAUAGAAUCGAGUCCGUGCCAGGAAAACUAGCAGUGCAUACCCAGAAUGAGGAUGCUGGUUUGAGUAAUUACGGUAUUUUACAAAUGCAGUGGACCACAGGUGUACCGACGGUUAAAGAUCGUGUACACCCGCCACAACGUAUAGCACAACAUAGAACUCACAAGAUGAUACGCCCAGAUAGUAGUGACCUUGACCCUCAUGGUCUACCUCAUAGAAUGAGGCGGGGAAUUUCGGAGGAGGAGUUACACCUGCCAUAUUUAGACUCAGUAUCACCGCAUGUGGCCAAUCUGGAUUCGCGGGAUCAUUACGAGUGGGAAUUCCCCCUGCCGCCACCACCUGCUAAAGAGUCACGUACCGAGAUUCCGCAGAUAAGAAAAGAACAUGACACAUACUGUAAAUACUAUCACCUGGUGAAGAAGAAACUACAUUUAUAUACAUCUAAGUUAGGAUUUAUUCCUGCACUGAUAGCUGCAGAAUCAGCCAGACCAAAACCUAAGCAACAAAAAGAGCGAAUGCAACACCUACCCGAGCUGUUUGUGAAACGCAUUCGUGACGAGGAAGAACAGCCGACGUCUGGAAAGAAUGUCAAGAAAAACAGCUCACUUACUAAUACAGACUUUAUGUCAUCUGUGAUCUUUCCGCCAUUAAAACUACGGCAAUUAGUUAACAUUUACUGACAGGGUUUCUUCUUUUAGCAAAAAAUAUGAUGCAUUUUUAAUGUUAUUUUGAUAUAUAAUGUUCUUUUUGGGGUAAUUAGUACAAGUCAAGACCUAGUGGAAUAAAACUUUUAAAGGUUUUUUCUUCUUAGAAUUUGUGAUAUAUUUUAACUUUUUUACAUUGAUAUUUAUUUCUAUAAUAUAUAUGUAUACUCCUUUUUUAAUUUUUCUCUGUUGUCAAAAGUUUUGUUAUAACUAUUUUUCUUAUUUAAAACUUUGCCAAAGUGAAAGAUAUGUGUUAACAAGAAGAUUAAGUGAUAAAAUACAGUGAUAGUUCCGGACUCUUACAAGAUUUACCUCCCUUGCCAAAAGUGGCAGCCAUUUUUGGGGGGGGGGGGGGGGAGAAGGUGGGUCAAUAUGCUAUAUCAAAGAAGUAUGAAGAAAAGGAAUAAAAACAGCCAGCUUAAGGUGAUUAGUCAUAUUCUGAUAUACAUUUAAAAAGGAAAAUACUAUUAAACCACUUGUUUAAAAGAUUUUUAUAAGGUUGCAUGGAUAUGGUAGGAUCAUAGUUUAUAUUAAGCAUAUAAUAUAUUAGGAAUGACCCUCAAAAUGGCAGUCAGGGGAGGUUAUAAUUGCUAUAUGAAAAGCUUCCAUAGGAGGUGAUCAUGAGUUAAAUUCCAUUUUAUUUACAAAAGUUCCAAAUUCGAUGUUAAGUAAACCCAUGACUAAAAUUGGACAAGGUUUACCACUGACCUGUUGAAAACAAAACAGAAUUGAUUAACUUUUGUUGUUUCCUGUUCAAGGAUACAAAGGCUUGACAAUGACGAGGUUUAAACCCAUAAAGCCAGAAAUGCUUAGGUUACUUGGGCAGCUAUGUUAGCCACUAGCCCAUACUGCAACUUGAUAAACUUUAGUACGUCCAUUACUGUGGGUAAAGAAAAGUUGUUAUACCAUAGUUAACUCCCCUUAUAAUGAUAUUCAAGGCACCGCUAUAUUUAUAUCUUAAUAAAUUAUCCUGAUAUCUGAGGGUAGUUCAAUUUGAGUCGGUACUGCAGUUACAGCAUCAUUUUAAGCUGUAUCAUUAGUGGAGUUUUUAUUUCUCUGUCAAAAGACUAUUAAGAAGUUAUUAAGAAUUUUUUUGUGAAAAAUCUGAAGUUUCUGGGUUUUUUAAAAAAUAAGGAAAUCUGUUUUCUAGAUAUUUACACACUGUAUUGUGAACAUAAACUAAUUGCAAGGACAAUCUAUUUCUUUUCUUCUUUAAAAACAGUUUUAUUUUGAAGGUCAGUUUUAAAUUAUGAAUAUUAACAAAUUAUGCUAACAUGUUUUGAUAGAUUCACAUUAAAGUUAACAUUAUACUUU